GUCAUUAACUUUUCUGGCCCACGUGAAUUGCAGUCAAACUAUGGUGCUAAACGUUCAAGCUUGAAGAAGCAAAAAUUCAUUUUUAAAGUCCAUGAUGUCUUGGGUUAAGUCUGUACAGUACAGUGGAGAGGAUGUAUUUGACGAGGAUGCGGAUGAUAUUAAUUUACAGGACAAAGAAUGGAAGUACAAUAUGAAGAAACGUGUGAGGGUAAAUGCAUGGAGAAAUGUUUAUCAAUCAUGUUUCCUCCUAGCUAGCUGUGAUAGCUAGCUACAUGUUCAUUUUUCGUCUUUUUUGCUCUUCGUAUUUUACAUAUUGCGUUGGUUUGUUGAACUUGUUCACCAUUAUUAUUUGCCUAAUCAGCCAGUAAUAGCUAGAAUUGUCACUUCUCUCUAGCACAGGGCUGUUCAAUGUCGGUCCUGGAGGGCCGAAUCACUUCUCGUUUUCAUAACUUGCAAUUAACUACCAGGUAGAAACAAAAACCCAUAAGUGUUUCGUUCCUCCAGGACCGGAAUUGAACAGCCCUGCUUCUAGCAUCACCCAGCACACAAUGUGGGCAUUGUAGGCAGUUAAUGUAAAUACAACUGGCUACAUUGUAACCCACAGCACCCUCUCUAGAAACAAUGUAACUAUGCUGUAAUGUGGUGUUCUGUCAGGACGGCUAUGUUGAUGGCAUCGACCAUGGAAAAGAAGCAUCACUCCAGCUUGGUUUCAACAUGGGAUACAGGGAAGGAGCUGCAAGCACCAUCGCCAUUGGGAGGCUAAAAGGAAUAAUAAGGUAGCUUUCCUUCCAUGAUGUUACCAUAUGACUCGGUGUCUUUGUACUGGCUACAUUAUUGCUGUCCUCUCUGUUGUGCAUGACCCAUGCCUGUCUCAUUCUGUUCUCUCUCCCAUUGUCUCUGAUUCUGUUGGCCCUUUGUAUCUCUCUACACAGUGCUAUACAGUGCUGGUGCCAGCUCCAGAGACCAGACACCCCCACCUCAGUGACUGACCUCCUACAACAGGUUGUAAAGCAUGAGGACUCUCUCAUGGAGGCAAUGAGGACGGCUUUGGAGAACCCCAUACCCAGCGUCAGUGACGUCUCAGAGAACAUGGAGGAUCUGGGGGUUGGAGAGGUUGAGUCGGGCUGCUGUGGAGGCGGGGGAUGCAGCAAGGGCUCAGACUGCUGCAGGAAAGACAGUGAUAUGGACCUUGGUCCCAUCUUGCCACAAAAGCCCAGUUUGAGCUUCGCACUGCCCACAGACCCCUUUACCAUUACAGGGGAAAGUCUUGAGCAGCUUCUACAGUGUUGCAUGGACAUAGUGUCUGAACUGGGUCUGCCCCAGGAACUGAUUUGGCAUCUACAGAAGCUGAAGAGUGCAACAGAGUGAAUGUUAGCUCAGUUGCUAGGAUAAUGCCACGGAAGACUGAACUGGUGUGAAUUUUUCAUUGAAUUUGUAACAUGAUACUGUAUGUAAUACAUUAUUUAUUAUACAUUAUUUUCUUAUAUUCCAAUUGCAUAUAUGCAUUAAAUGUUUGAAAAUUAAACUAUAGGGUAAGUUGGAUCCUUAUACUAUAGUGCCUUUAUGCUAAAUAUUAAAAAGAUUGACUUGUAGUCUGCACGUGAUGAUAUGUUGUCUUCAUAUUAUACUUUUUUUUACGAUUUUGGCCUCUUACUAUGCAAACAAUGAGCUAGAUAGAAAAUGAGUUUCCAAUGCAUUCCUGUACAGAUGUAAUGAAAUCUAGGCAAUACCUUUCUGAUACCUUCCCACGGGGGGGGCAGUAUGAAAAAUGU